AUGCAGUCGCUGUGCAGCCUGCCCAUCGUGCGGUACCAGGAGCCGCAGGAGGAGGACGGGCUAGAGGACAUGACCCAGCUGGAGGACCUCCAGGAGGCCGCAGUGCUGAGCAACAUCCGGACACGGUUUGAGCGGCAGCUCAUCUACACCUACAUCGGCAGCAUCCUGGUGUCGGUGAACCCAUACCGACUCUACAACAUCUAUGGGACAGAGCAGGUGCUGCAGUAUGAAGGCAGAGCACUGGGCGAGAACCCACCGCACCUCUUUGCCAUCGCGAACGUCGCCUACUCCAAAGUGAUGGAUGCCAAACACAACCAGUGUAUCGUCAUCAGUGGGGAGAGCGGCUCCGGGGGGCCGGAAGCCCCCAAGCUGAUCCUGCGCUACCUGGCAGCCGUCAGCCAGAAACGCAGCACUGCCCCGCAGAUAGAGAUCCUGGAGGCGACCCCCUUGCUGGAAUCCUUCGGCAAUGCCAAAACCGUGAGGAACGAUAAUUCCAGCAGGUUCGGGAAAUUUGUGGAAAUCUUUCUGGAGGACGGCUUGAUCUGCGGUGCCAUAACCUCACAGUACCUGCUGGAGAAGUCCCGUGUGGUCUUCCAGCCCAAGAGCGAGCGCAACUACCACAUCUUCUAUGAGAUGCUGGCAGGGCUGCCCUCCCACCAGCGGCAGCGGUACUGCCUGCAGGGCGCCGAAACCUACUACUACCUGAACCAGGGUGGGAACUGUGAGAUCCCCGGCAAGGAUGACGCGGAGGAUUUCCGUCGGCUGCUCAACACCAUGGAGGUGCUGAGCUUCAGCGUGGAGGAGCAGAACAGCAUCUUCCGCAUCCUCUCCUCUGUCCUCCACCUGGGCAACGUCUAUUUUGAAAAAUACGAGACUGACUGCCAGGAGGUUGCCACGGUGGUGAGUGCCACGGAGAUCCGGACGGUGGCUGAGCUGCUGCAGGUGUCCCCCGAGGGUCUGCAGAAAGCCAUCACCUUCAAGGUGACGGUGAGUGCGGGUGCUCUGCUCAUCUGCCCCCUUCCCAGGGAUGCCAUUGCCAAGACUCUCUACUCCCUGCUCUUCGGCUGGCUCACAGACCGCAUCAACAAGCGGGUGUACCCGCGGCAGGAGGCCCUCUCCAUCGCCAUCCUGGACAUCUAUGGCUUCGAGGACCUCAACUUCAACAGCUUCGAGCAACUGUGCAUCAACUACGCCAACGAGUACCUGCAGUUCUUCUUCAACAAGAUCGUCUUCCAGGAGGAACAGGAGGAGUACCUCCGGGAGCAGAUUGAGUGGAAGGAGAUCCCCUUCAGCGACAACCAGCCCUGCAUCGACCUCAUCUCCCAGAAGCCCUACGGUAUCCUCCGGAUCCUUGAUGAUCAGAGCUGUUUCCCCCAGGCCACCGACCACACGUUCCUCCAGAAGUGUCACUACCACCAUGGGAUGAACCCACUGUACACCAAGCCGAAAAUGCCACUGCCUGAGUUCACCAUCAAGCACUAUGCAGGGAAGGUGACCUACCAGGUUCACAAGUUUUUGGAUAAAAACUAUGACCAGGUCCGCCAGGAUGUGCUGGACCUUUUCAUCAGCAGUAGGACCAAGGUGGUAGCCAACCUCUUCUUUGGUCAUGCCCAAGUGGUGGCCCGGCAGAGGAGCCUGAUCAGGAGGAGCAGCACCAGAACACGGCGGUACAAGGCCCCCACCGUGGCUGCUCGGUUCCAGCAGUCGCUCCUGGAGCUGGUGGAGAAGAUGGAGAGGUGCAACCCCUUCUUCGUGCGCUGCCUCAAACCCAACAACAAGAAGGAGCCGGGGCUCUUCGAGGCUGACGUGGUUAGCAGCCAGCUGCGGUACUCAGGGAUCCUGGAGACCAUCCGCAUCCGCAAGGAGGGCUUCCCCAUCCGCAUCCCCUUCCUCGUCUUCAUCGACAGGUACCGCUGCCUCGUCGACAUGUGGUCCAAUGUCAUUCCAAACGGGUCCAACUGCGUGGAGAUGCUGAGGAACCUCUGCCCCGUCAACCCCAGCAUGUACUACGUCGGUGUCAGCAAGCUCUUCCUGAAGGAGCAGCUGUACCAGGCGCUGGAGAGCAAGCGAGCCCGUGCCCAUCACCUGGCCGCGCUCACCCUCCAGCGCUACGCUCGCACCUUCUUCAUCAAGAGGCGCUUCCGCUCCCUCCGCCGAAAGAUUGUCCUCCUGCAGAGCCGGGCACGGGGCUACCUGGCAGCGGUCCGGCGCAUGAGGCACACGCUCAUCAAGUUCAGGUCGCUGGUGCACAUCUAUGUGAACCGUCGGCGGUACCUCAAGAGAAAGGAGGAUGCCCGCCGGCGGGCGGAGGAGGAGAGGGAGAGGAUGAAGCAGGAGCUGACGAGGAGGGAGGUGGUAGACGUCACCCAUCUGGAGAUCCCGGCAGAGCUGAUGGGGCUGCUGGAAGCUGCCGUGAACGCCGGCUGUGUGGUCCUGGUGCCACCACCGGUGCUGCAGCCCGACUCCAAGCUCACCCUCCCGCUUGACAUCAAUGACUACCCCAUGGCCAAGUACGUGCGGGGCCACUUCCAGGAGCCAGCAUUCGGGAUGCUGACGGCCCCGCUGGCAGCCCCCCUCACCCGGCUGGACGAGGAGCUGUGCCAUGAGGCUCUCAGCCUCUUCCAGCUGAUCCUGCGGUUCAUGGGGGACCCGGGGCUGGGCGGCCCACAGGAGACCCUUUUUGGCAACUACAUCGUGCAGAAGGGGCUGUCGGCACCGGGGCUGCGGGACGAGCUCCUGGCACAAGCCGCCAACCAGGUCUGGCGUAACACCAACGUCAAAGCCUGCCUCAGCGCCUUCCCCCCCUCUGCCGCCUUCGACAAGUAUCUGCUCAAGUUUGUCUCUGACUACGCCUUUGCCGGCUAUAAGCCGGUGUGCCAGCGCAAGCUGAUGCACGCCAUGGCGCGGUCGCAGCUGGGUACCGCGGCCGCCCGCACCUUCCCGCCCUCGCUGCUGGAGUGGACGGCGACAGGAGGUGACCGGCAGGACCCGCUCACCGCCCAUCCCUCCCCAGGCGACCAGUUCUCCUGCCCCAUCCACUCCUGGAGCACGGGCGAGGACCUGGCAGGGGAUGUCCUGAAGCACAGGGGCCUGGUGGAGGGCUGGCGUGGCUGGUCUGUGGCCAUGAAGGCGGGUGCCCAGUGGGCCGAGCUGGCUGGCCACGACUAUGUCCUGGACCUCGUCUCUGACCUCGAGCUGCUCCGGGGCUUCCCCAAGCAGAAGUCCUGCUUCCUUGGCAGAGCAGCGGAGGGGACGCCAGCCCGUGUCCCCCAGCCCCGGCCCUACUCGCAGAAAGCUGCACCCGUGGGCCGGCGGUGGCCAGGUGAGCUGGUGCAGCAUUCCCGGCUCAACUCGGAGCACUUCCCACGGCCCACGCAUGACAUCCGCAACAUCAUCCGGCAGUGCCAGCCAGCCCCGCGCGGGUCCCAGCCCCCCAGGUACCCACUCAGGCUUCUCCUCUCUGCAGAUGUGUACACUGGCCCUGAUGUCGGGGUGCGGGUGAUGCUGGGGGUACAGGUGAUGCCAGGGUGCAGCAAGCUCUUUGGAAAGAAGCUGGACCCCCAUGAGGAAGCCAUGCAGAUCCUGAAGGAGCAGCUCUCGGCAGCUCGGGUCCCAGCGGCUGUGGUAGGGAUGUGGCUGCCCCCAUGUUCCCCAAACCGGGCCGUGGGAGCUGCUGGCCACAACUGCAGCCUGCUCUCUGCCUCGCAGGGGCCCAAGGAGGCGGUGGCCACGGGAUGUGGCAGGGCUUUCCGUCCCUUUGCAGUCUCCAUCUCGCGGGAGCUCCCAUCCGAGGGGCAGCAGGUCCAGACCCAGCUGCACCGGAGCAGCAGCGAGGAUUUCUACACCUACCACAACGUGCCCUGGAAAAUUUACAUCCGCAAGGAGGUUUUCUACCCCAAGGACAGCAUCAACAACCCGCUGCUGCUCGACCUCAUCUUCCGGCAGAUCUUCAAUGAUACGCUCUCCGACACCUGCAUCCGGAUCAGCCAGGAGGAGCGGCUCCGCUUGAAAUCCCUCUUCGCGGAAAACAAGCUGGACUCCUUCAGCCCCGUGGCCACCGAGAGUGUCAAGAGGGAGAUCAUCGCCGCAGCCCGUGACGACUGCGAGGUGUAUUUCUCCCGCCUCUUCCCCGCCACGGGCAGCGUGGGGACAGGCGUGCAGAUCCUGGCCGUGUCCCACACCGGCAUCAAGCUGCUGCGGCUGGUGAAGGGCACCAGGGAGCAGCUGCGGGUGCUGCGGGCAUACAGCUACACCGACGUGCUGUUCGUGACCACCCCGUCCAGGAACAUGCUGGAGUUCAACCUGCGCAGUGAGAAGCUCAUCCUCUUCUCCCCCAAAGCCCCUCAGGUCAAGGCCAUGGUUGACCACUUCAUCACGGAGCUCAGGAAGGAUUCCCAGUACGUGGUGGCUGUGAGGAACUACAGCCCAGAGGACGGGGGCCAGCUCAGCUUCCACAAAGGGGACAUCAUCCACCUGCAGCCGUUGGAGCGCCCCGAGAGAGACCACUACUAUGGCUGCGUGGUUCGCAAGAAGGUGAUGUACCUGGAGGAGCUGAAGAUGGGGACGCAGGAUUUUGGGUGGAAGUUCGGGGCCAUCCAUGGCAGGUCGGGGCUCUUCCCCACCGAGUAUGUCCAGCCCGUUGCAGCCCCCGACUUCGUCCAUUUACCAGCGGAGAGGAAAGAGGAACCCAAGGACAAGCAGGGCAAGGUGGCAUCUGUGGCAGCUGUGGCCGUGGCCGUGGCCUCCACCGCUGUGGCUCAGGAGCUGGACCGGAAAACCGAGGUGUCCCCUGCCAGCACCGCCUUUGUGGAGCAUCCAGAGGGAGAUGGCGGCGAACGGCUCGGGGCCGGUGCGGGGACCUGCCCCAUGCUGGCCUUCGCCCGGCGGUAUUUCCGCACGGCACGGCAUGGGACCACGGACUCCGGUGGGACGAGGGCCAAACCUGAUGUGCUGGAGAUGCUGAUGUUCACCAAGACCCCCAUCCAGGAGUCGCUCAUUGAAUUUGUGGAUGGUGGCAUCAGCAAACUGGCCACCGAAGCUUUCCAAGCCGUGAUGAAAUUCAUGGGUGACCACCCUCUGCGGGGACAGACGGAGCUGGACGCCAUCUGCACCAUCCUUAAGCUGUGCGCGGAUUAUGAAGUCCUGCGGGACGAGGUGUACUGCCAGAUCAUCAAGCAGGUCACCAACAACACCAGCUCCAAGCCGGACAGCUGCCAGAAGGGCUGGAGGCUGCUCUACAUCCUCGCCGCCUACUACAAGUGCUCCGAGGUUCUCCGGCCUUUCCUCCUGGCCUUCCUGCAGGAUGCUAGCAAGCACCCGGAGCUGCCCUUCCAGGGCAUCGCCAAAGCCUGCGAGCAAAAUCUGCGGAAAACCCUGCAGUUCGGUGGCCGCAGCCUCUUCCCCAGCAGCAUGGAGCUCAAGGCCAUGGUGGCCGGACGCAGCGCCAAGCGCCAGCUCUUCCUCCUGCCCGGUGGCAUCGAGAGGCACCUAAAGAUCAAGACGUGCUCGGUGGCUCUGGACGUAAUCGAGGAGCUGUGCAGCGAGAUGGGCCUGCAGCACCCGGAGGCUUUCGAUGAAUACAUCCUCUUCGUGGUGACCGACAGAGGGCAGAGCGUGCGGCCGCUGACCCGCCGGGAAUAUGUCCUGGACGUGGCUGCUGCCGGGCCGCGGAGCCACCAGCUCCCCCUCCUGUGCCGCCGCGUGGUCUGGAGCCAGCCCCUCAAGUUCGACAAUGAGCUCUACGUCACCGUCCACUACAACCAGGUGCUCCCCGACUACCUCAAGGGGCUGUUCACCGUCCUGCCGCCUGCGAGGCCGGGAGAGCAGCACUUCCCGCAUGUGGCCAAGCUGGCCGCCCUCCAGCACCGAGCCAAGGACCGCCACCACCUCCCUACUGCGCGGGAGGUGCAGGACUACAUCCCCCCGCAGCUCUUUCGCCUGCUGAAGGCCCAAUCCUGGCUCCACAUGGUGACCCAGCACAUGCAGCAAGCGCAAGCGCUCAGCGCCCACCAGGCCAGGGCACAGUUCCUGGGGCUGCUGAGUGCCUACCCCAUGUUCGGCUCGUCCUUCUUCUACAUCCAGAGCUGCAGCAACAACGCCAUCGUCUCACCCUGCAUCCUGGCUGUCAACCAGAACGGCCUCAACUUCCUCAGCAAGGAGACCCACGAGCCCAUCGCCAAGUUCUCGCUGAAGGAGAUCCAGUCGACGCGGACGCAGCGCCCGACGGCCGGAUCCAGCUACCCCUACGUGGAGAUCACGCUGGGCGACCUCCUGGCCCAGGGCAUCACCCAGCUGCAGCUGGAGCAGCACCCGCGGGAGCCCCCCGAACCCCCCUACGAUCGCAAGCGGCGGCACCAGGAGGACUCCGGCUCCGAGCCCAGCGACUACGAGGAGCAGAAGGAGGAGGAAGAAGCUCGGAAAGUCAAAAGCGGCAUCCGCCAGCUUCGCCUCUUCAGCGCCGAGGAGUGCGCCAAGAUCGAGGCUCGGAUCGAGGAGGUGGUGUCCCGAGCGGAGAAGGGGCUCUACAAGGAGCACACGGUAGAUCGGGCCCCGCUACGGAACAAGUAUUUUUUUGGGGAGGGCUACACCUACGGGUCUCAGCUGCAGAGACGAGGCCCCGGCCAGGAGCGCCUGUACCCGCGGGGAGAGGUGGACGCCAUCCCUGAGUGGGUGCACGACCUGGUGAUCAGGAAGCUGGUGGAGCACCGGGUGAUUCCCGAGGGCUUUGUGAACAGUGCCGUCAUCAACGACUACCAGCCGGGGGGCUGCAUUGUCUCCCACGUGGACCCCAUCCAUAUCUUUGAGAGGCCCAUCGUCUCCGUCUCCUUCUUCAGCGACUCGGCGCUCUGCUUCGGGUGUAAAUUCCAGUUCAAACCCAUCAGGGUCUCGGAGCCCGUUCUCUUCCUGCCCGUGAAGAGGGGAAGCGUCACGGUGCUCAGUGGAUAUGCAGCCGAUGAAAUUACACACUGUAUUCGACCACAGGACAUCAAGGAAAGAAGAGCCGUCAUCAUCCUUCGAAAAACAAGACUAGAUGCGCCUCGAUUGGAAACAAAAUCCCUGAGUAGCUCUGUGUUGCCACCAGGUUAUAACUCUGACCGUCUAUCAGGAAGCAACCGGGACCAGAUCCUGAAACCAAAGCGGUCCCAUCGCAAAGCAGAUCCUGAUGCUGCUCACAGGCCACGGAUUCUAGAAAUGGAUAAAGAGGAAAACAGGCGCUCAGUCCUCUUACCAAAACAUAGGAGACGGAGCAACUUCAGCUCUGAGAACUAUUGGCGAAGGUCUUACGAGUACACGGAGGACUGUGACGAGGAAGAGGAGGAUGGCAGCCCAGCCAGGAAAGUUAAAAUGAGGCGACACUGAGGAUUGCACUUUCCAGGCUUGUGGAGCUGAUGAGAUUGGCCUCUAGUCUGUGAAAACUUUCUCCUCCCUCUGGCUAUCUUCCAUCUAGCUUCAGUUUUGGUUUUUCCUUUCAGGCUGAAGAGUAAACAGGAAGGAUCUAGCAAUUUGUUUUUAUGAAUGGAGGAAUGCUGAGACAUACGUAAGGAUGGAACAUGUCCAGUGCACAUGGUGUCCUGAGUCAUGGGUCAAACGGGCAUCUCUCCCUUAGGAAGCAGAUAAAGUUAUGCCAGGCUGUCUGUUGGGAUUUCUUUUGAAAACACCAAAAAGUUUAACUGUUUCAUUGCGCAAGAUUCAAGAAUUGUAUUUUUGGGGUUUUUUUGCUUUAACUUUCUUCCUUUCCAAAUGUUCUAAAUAUGAUGUUUGACCCCAGGAGCUGAAACUCUCUGUGGUGGCCUCGUAUUCCUUGCUUCACCAAAGGGCUCCUUGGUCUGCU